UCAAUGAUUGAUGCAUUCGCGCUUUCGAACGCGACGGUUGCAUUUUUUUUUUUGGAUAGUGUUGUCGCGCGUAGGUGACAGUUUUUCACAUAAGAGAGAUAUAUUUUUUCCGAUGUCGUAAAUAACGCGAGAGAAAAAACCGGGUGACGAAGCACAAAACGGUGAUGUCCCGCGAUCGUCGAGCUACCGUGAUCUGAAGCGAGUGAUGCCUGACACGGUGACGCGCGGUGGCUGCUCUUUAUCUGAAAUGUGUCACUCUUAUCGCGGUAGGCCCAAGUACCGAUGCCCAAUGUGUGGAUAAAAACACGAUAAAAACGCUCUGUUAGCCAAUUAAAUGCAUACUAACGAUCGCACACCGCUUACAUACGCUACAAUACGCUAUCUAUUUCAUAUAAUCCGGUGCCGAGGCACUUAAAGUCUAUCUCCCAAAUCCAUCGGUGAGACUCUCUCAAAGCUUUUGAUGUUUGACAGCUCCAGCCGCGAGUGCGUGGACGCUGACAUCGCGUAAUUUGUUAUUAUACACUUCGAGACCGAGACGGUUCAAAAGUAAUUGGUAUCAAGCAUGAACAAAUCUGUGGAGAAUCUGUUGAUAUCUAGUCACGAAGUAAUUAGUAGCAUUAAUUCUUCUGGUUUGAGUAAUCAAAAUUCAGCAACGAAUGUAGGAAACGUUGCGGAAAAUGCACAAGAAACUGUGGGUGAUCGUAACAGUCCUGUGUCCAGUCCUAAUUUAUCCCCACGUCCCAGCCCGAGAGCUCAUUCCAGACGAGAAUAUUCCAGAUUAAAUUCUGAUUCUUCUACUAAAGAGUUUCGUGCAAAUAAAUCUGAUGAUCAAUCUCAGGAUCUGAUCAACAGAUCGUCCGACUCGGCUGAUCUCAACAAGAGUUCUUCUCAUGAAAGUAAAAAGGAAACACGUAGCAGUGAUCGGACCAAGAAAAAAUCUUCCUGGUAUAAUGUACUUUACCCAACUUAUAAAUCACGCUCGGAGGACUUUAAACGAAUAUUCAAAGAUGUGCCUGAUGAUGAGAGAUUGGUGGUAGAUUACUCCUGUGCUCUUCAGCGUGAGAUAUUGGUACAUGGUAGACUUUAUGUGUCUCAAAACUAUGUGUGUUUUUAUGCUAAUAUAUUUAUGUGGGAGACAUUGGUCUCCCUACGUUGGAAAGAUGUUACAUCUAUUACCAAAGAGAAAACUGCACUUGUCAUUCCAAAUGCUAUUCUGAUUUGUACUGUUACUGACAAGUUCUUCCUAACAUCGUUUGGAGCGAGAGAUAAAACAUAUGUAAUGUUAUUUCGUGUUUGGCAAAAUGCUCUUAUUGGGGAGCCAAUGAGUAUGGCUGAAAUGUGGCAGCUUGUACACGCUUGUUAUGGGGAUGAAUUAGGCUUAACCUCUGAUGACGAAGAUUAUGUACCGCCGUUACCUGCGGCAGACGAAGAGAAAUUGUCAACUCGUCUCUCUGUAGAGUCCUUUUCCGAGGCUGAGGUAGCUACUAUGGAAAAUUCAGCAUCUCCAGCCAUGGAUCCUACUCCUGUGGAACAAUCGGGUGCUGAAUCUCCAAUUCAGCAACCAGUUCCACCAAUAUCUAAACCAGAUCCUGUUCCUGAUCCAACAGAUUUGAGUGAUACAACAGAAAGUGAGGCCGAGAAACAUGGUUUGAAAAUGAGCAUACGGAGCACAACGGUCUGCACUUCCCUGCAUGAAGGUCGACAACUUAACAAAUCGACAUUACCUAUCCACAUCGAUCAACUGUUUACCCUGCUCUUCACAAAUUCAAAAUUUUUCUUAGAUUUUCAUACUGCUCGCAAGACUACUGAUUUAAUACAAUCUGCAUGGAUGCAAAAUCAAACUGGUCAAAAAAUGAGGACCCUUUCAUUCACGGUAUCUUUGACUCAAGCUAUUGGUCCAAGAACUUGUCAAGUUACAGAAACGCAGGUGAUGUUACCGUGCAGUAGACCAGGUCAUCUUUAUUGUAUAGAUGUAGAAAGUAUUAAUGCUGGUAUACCUUAUGCCGAUUCCUUUAGUAUUUUGACACAUUAUUGCAUAAAUAAUAUUUCCGAAAAUGAGACAAGUCUUGCCAUUUACGCACAAAUGAAGUAUAAGAAGAGUGUAUGGGGUAUUAUGAAAAGUGUGAUUGAAAAGAAUUGUUGGGCAGGCUUGGAAGAGUAUUUUAAUAGUUUAGUAAAAGCAUUGGCAGUGGAGUGUGAAGAAGGUACUGUAAGUGGAGGUAUAAAGAGAAAAACAAGAAAACGACGACGUGCGACAGGUCCAGGAGCUGCAUUGCAAACACAUGCUUCUGAGCACAUAUCUGUGAAUCAUCAAAUUUCUCCCUCCAGUUUGCCACAUGUUCACAAUGCUAGUACUAGAAGCGAUACCAACAUGAUUCUCAGUUCAAUGCUACUAGUUGCUGUAUUGUGUUUAAUGGUGAUCAACGGCUUGCUGUAUUAUAAAUUAUGGGGAUUGGAGGAAGCCGCUGCAUAUACCAUUAUGGACUUACAUGUACUGAAAAAUACGCCAAAGACUGAAGAGGAUUGGAUUAACCUUUUGCAACAACAAGAAAGUUUGCACAAUGUAGAAAUGAGGAAAUGGCAAAGGGUUUUACACACUGCUGCACAAUUACUUAGACAAACAGAAGAAUCUUUAACGGAAUUACAAAUGAGUAUUCAUCCCACUGCAACAGAAAAAAUGUUCUCAGUAUUACAACCAAGCUUGAAGAGUAUAAAUACACAUACAGAACGGCGAACUAAGUCAGAAAUGUAAGGACUCGUGUGUAACAAAAAAUCAUCAGAAACAAAAAUUUUGUGUAAAAUAUUGAUUUGCGCAUCGAUAGAUAGAUCUUUGCAUAAAUACACAAGAAAGCAUCUACCAG